GGCGCUGCAAGGCAACGUGUGAGCGACGACGGAGAUGGCUGAGAGAUUGUCGCUGGCGGCUUCCUCCGCAGGACUCGGGAGGGAUGGAGACGCGGUGCUGUUCCUAGAAAGAGCCCAUUUUCGACAUGACCCGCGCUGGCUGUUGCCGGUGUCCCCGCGCCUCUGUGUGGCCUGCGUGCUGGAGCUGCUGCCUGAGCCCGGGGUGUCGUUGGUACGCAAGAAGCACAUGUUGUCCUGCUUCCGAGAUGCUCUUUUGAGGCAUGCUUCCCUGGUCACACAGCUGGUGGCUCAGGACCAGAGAGUCUGCAUCCACUUCACAAGCAUGCUUUUUGGACUGUUAUGCAGUGUGGAAGAUGGGAGUGUAACAGACCUCUGUAUUGAAGUCCUUGUUCAGCUCACCAUGCAGCUGAAACUGGAGCAGAUCAACCACUGCCUGCUGGAUGAGUGCCACAAACAGCUAUGUGACAUGCCCUCCAUGCAAGGCAGCCUGGCCAUCCUGACCCUUCUUGGCAAGCUGUUGGAUGCCAUCCCUGUCCUAGCUGAUGAACUUGUGAAGGACCAUGGCAACUUGACAGAACAUCUGAUGAGGGGCUUGGUGUACCCCAGUGAAGGUGUGCAAGCUUCUAUCUGUUACCUCUAUGGGAAGCUCUAUGCCUCACCAGUGGCAGCUGAGUUGCUUUCAGGCCAUUUCCGGGAGAAGCUGUGCCCUCUCUUCCUUUCCACCCUGGGCAGCGCCCACACAAAGGAGCUACAAAUCAACUGCUUAGGUUUGCUGAGGCAGCUGCUGAAGUAUGAUCUCUUUGUGUCCAUGAUCAUGAACAAGUUCAUACUGGCAGGAAAUGCUGAGAGUGUUGAGGGGUCAUCAGCAGAGAUCUCCUUGCCUUUGGUGCUCAAAAAGUUUCUUCUCUCUAGAGAUGAGUCCUUGCAGGUAGCCAGUACCCACUGUAUAACUUCAGUGCUAGUCCACUCCCCGGUGAGGCAUGCUCCGGCCUUCAUCCAUGCAGACAUCCCAGAGUUCAUCUUUGAGCAUCUUUCCUCUUCUAGCGAAGUGCUCGUCUGGUCCAGCUACAACUGCUUGAUGCUCCUGGUGGAAGAGCCACUCUUCUUUUCCAAGUGCCACACAGUAUAUGGCAUUGAGGCAGUGGUGAGAAGCCUUCAGGGAAGCCUGAAGAUGACCAACACUGAGCUGCACAAGCAGGGCCUGCUGCUGUUUGCUGAGAUCCUGACCCGGCAGCCGGAGGAGAUCCGAUUGUUCACAAGCUCGGCCAUGUGUGGAGAUGCUGCCCGUGCCCUCCAGGAGGCAGUGAGUAGCCCCGUGCUGGAGGUAGCUGCUGAGGCAGUGAAGGCUACUUCCGCUUUUCUGAGGAAGGACCAUCAGAGCGCUCCACCUGUGCAGUAUACAGCACUGCAGGCCUUGCUGGAAGCCAUGCUGAGCCGGUGUACAGAGUUUUCACAGACUUCACUGAACAUGAGGGCUCUGGGCCAUGCCUGCAGAAGAGAGUCAGAGAAGGCGAUCCUUCGAAGGGGAAAGUUCCUCCUGAGUACUCUGGAAGGGUUUAGGAACGCCUGCAGGUUGGCUGUGGAAUUCCAGGGUGAGCCUUUGGCCCAGGAGAAUCCAUUCACAGCUCCCAGCGCCGAGAAGAAAGACACACUGGAGGCCUUCUCAGAAUUUCUUCUUAGUGCCUGUGACUCCCAGUGUAUCCCCAUGGUGAUGAGGUACUUAGAGCAGACCACCCACCCAGGCUUGAUGGAAGUUUUCUUCUCCAUUCUGCACAGCCUCUUUGUCAUCGUCCCCCACAUGAAGGAGAAGUUCUCCAAGAAGCUCGCUGCUUCAUCCUUCAUACAACUAGCGCUAGAGCUCAAGGCCAGAUUCUGCAGUGGCCUGAGUCACUCAGCUCUAAACCAGGUGUGUUCCUGUUUCCUCCACUGCAUGUGCCUCAAUCUCCUCUCAGCUCCAGAGAAGACGGAACCGCCUUCCUCAGAAGAACUCUCUGCAGUAUCUGAGCUCCUGCAGCAGGGGCUGCCCCAGAUAAACAGCAGGGGACCAGAAAGCCUUGCCUUCCUGUCUGACUGCCAGUAUGUGGAGGGAGCUGCUCGCCAGAGACAGUACUGCAUCCUGCUCCUCUUCUACCUGGCCUACAUUCAUGAGGACAGGUUUCUCUUGGAGGCUGAGUUAUUCGUGGCUGUGCAAGGCUUCUUCUUGUCUCUUCAGGACCAGGGUGAGCGCCCUCCACUGGUGGUCUUCAGAGCCUCCAUCUAUCUGCUUGCAACCUGCCAGGGCAAGGACAGUGCCCUGGAUGAGGCUGUGGUCAGUGCAAUCAGAAAAUUCCUAGAGGGCAUCUCAGACCUGCGUCUGGUUUAUACCCACCACCCUCUCCUGCUCAGGUUCUUCUUGUCGUAUCCAGAGCUGAUGAGUAGGUUUGGGCAUCGUGUCCUGGAACUUUGGUUUUCCUGGGAACAUGGCAACUAUGAAGAACUGGAUGAUGCCUCUUCUACUAGACAAUUCAACCUUCCUGCCAGUUUAGCAGUGUUGUUCCAGAUACUCAGCAGCAGCCCCAGCAUCCUGCUUAUUUUGCUGGACCUUGUCUAUUCCAGCCCAGUGGAUGUAGCCCACAAGAUAUUGGUCAUCCUGAAGACCUUCUUGAGGAAGAAUGAGGAUAUCCAAGUGAGUGGUCUCAUCCGAGGCCACUUCCUGCUCAUCCUGCAGCAGCUGCUGGUAGAGCAUGGGACCUCCCCAUCAGGAGCCUCAGGGAACCUGGCACUGCUUCUGAGCCUCCUCUCCUUGGUGCAGCUGAGGAACAAGUCAGAGGACGAACUGGACAGCAUGGCCAUGAAGCUCCUUCACCAAGUAAGCAAGCUGUGUGGAAAUUGCAGCCCUGCGGAUGUGGACAUCCUGCAGCCCUCCUUCAACUUCUUGUACUGGAGCCUUCAUCAGACUACACCCAACAGUCAGAAAAGAGCGGCUGCAGUGAUCCUGAGCAGCACAACCCUGAUAGAGCUUCUGGAGAAGAUGCUGGUGCUCACCUGGGCAGACACAGACUCUCCUGCCUGGACAGAGGGAGGUUCUCCCAGGAGUGCACUGCUGUGCUCUGCCUGGCUGCUCACUGCCUCCCUGUCUGCCCAGCAGCAUGAAGGUGGCUUGCAGGUUCACCAGACUCUGUCCGUGGAACUGGACCAAGUAGUGAAGACACUCAGCUUUCCGAAGAAAAGGGCUGCACUGCUAUCAGCUGCGGUCUUAUGCUUCCUGCGGACAGCCCUGCAACAGAGCUUCUCGUCUGCCCUGGUGGCCCUGGUGCCCUCCACUGGGACCUGCUCCACUGUCCUAGCUCCACUGGAAACAUCACAAGUGCUGUACCUCGUCGUCGGGCUACAGAACCUCUUGGUGCAGAAGGACUCUCUAUUGUCCCAGGCCUGCGUUGGCUGCCUGGAGGCCUUGCUUGACUUUCUGCAUGCUCGGAGCCCAGACAUCGCACUCCAUGUGACCUCCCAGCCAUGGCAUCGAUUUUUGCUAUCUACUCUUUUGGAUGCUGGAGAUAAUGCCUUCCUCAGACCUGAGAUACUGAGGCUCAUGACCCUGUUUGUGCGAUACAGCAGCAGCAGCAGCAGCAUUCUCUCCCAUGAAGAAGUGGGUCACUUUCUUCAAGACGUGGCUUUGGCUGACCUGUCUGCCCUCUCAGACACUACACUCCAGGCCCUGCGCAGCUUCUUCCUGCAGGUCCAGAAUAUGGGCCUCCUGGCUGAUCAUAGUAUGACCCAGACCCUGCAGGCCUCUUUGGAGGGUCUUUCCAGUACCUCCACAGUCCAGCCACCCCUGCAGGACAUGCUCUGCCUGGGAGGGGUGGCCAUAUCCCUGUCCCACAUCAGAGACAGCCUCAGAACUUGAAGGCCCAGAUAUCAAGAGAAGGGAGCCCUGGAGACAAAAUUAGGGCAUAAUUGCUGGGAAAAGGAUGACAAUCACAGCCAUUUCUCUGGAGCCAUAUAUUCUAUUGUGCAAAUGGAAUGAGGAACUAAAAUGAUACAAACA